AUGUCCAAGUCAAAGAUCCUUGAGCCACGGCGGCGAGCUGCUGGCGAGCAGUUUGAGCCUCGCCGUCCGAAUGACCCCAAAUGGUCUGCUCAGCACGGUGAUCUUCGCGCAGAUUUGGGACCCAUCUUUCCAUUGGUCAGCCUGGCAUACCCAGAAGGACUGGCCGCAGUGCAGUGUCAGGAGGAUGGUACUGGGGUGGCCAGUUACCCCUCCGGCAAGAAGGCUGUUUGCAUAUCGUCUCACCAUCAGUCGAGGCGCAUCAGUGCCAUUGCAUACGCCCGCUCCGAGUUCUCCGUGAAGAGCGCGGUCUCAGAGAAUUCUCCACACUUCCGUGCUUCCAGUCCUGACGACUCAAAGCGAGACCGCCGUGGUCGAACUAGGCUGUUGGGAGUCAUGGACGAGUGGGGCGUUGGCCUUUUUGAAUCACCGCCAGAUGGUGCCGGCUGUCGUGGCUGCUACGAGGUCACGCCUACUCAUGUCACAGUCGUCACAUCUGGUCCGAAUGGUUCCAGAACACGCAUGAGCCGCGCAGCACUUGCAGGUGACACUACCUCCCUUGAUCCACUCAGUUUGCGUUUGUGUCCGGAGCUGGUGGUGACCUACAACCCGGCGAGCGGAACAACCUCUCUGGACUUCAAUUGUGGAGGAAUCAGCUACACAUUCCAUAUCGGUGAGGUCUGGAAGCUUGCCUCCCGAGGUGGGGGCUUGUCGUUGCCAGCAACAACAAAUCCACGUGAGGUCAGCAGUGCAAUCAAUAUGUCUUCCCAGGCAUCCCUUGAGACCUCAUGUCUGAUCAUGACGGAAAGCACAGGCUUGCUUGACAAGACGGUGAAACUCAAGAGCAGCAGCUCUUGCCUCACAACUUCAGUCGGGGGCAGCUCGCCCUCCAGCAGCAAGCUGAACAAAUCUGCUUCUGAAGGAACGAUGAGACUUCCAGUAGAAGCCUUCAAGAAAUUCACCGAAGGGCGCAUAGACUUUACGCACGACCAUCUCCUCAAGAAGAAUCUGGCGGACAAGAUCCAUCCAAAGUUGGCUCGCUUGCCCAUCAACAAGGCUUUGCGCGAAGGUUUCUUGUGGCCUGAGCCCCAUCCAGGAAAGCCUUACUCUGAGCCUGUGGUCGUCACUCCACCAGCCUCUUUGGAGCACAUCUCCUGCCACGAUGUGACAGGGCGCGCUCAGAGCCUGGAGGCAGGGCAGUUGAUGGUGGUUCUGGUGGUGGCCAGCUGGGCUCGAAAGUCUCAGUACAGCUCCAGCUCCCAUGCCCAGAUCAUGGCGGAGGCUGCCUGGUCUGAGCUUAAGGCAGCCGGAGAUAACGUCUUGUUUUGCAUUACGGACCUUGCAGAAGCUGGGGCGAUCUUCUCGGCAGGGAAGAACACCAAUCCUUUAGUCACAAACUAUGGCGUGCGAGAGGCUCCUUGGCUAUUGAUGUUCGCAAGAGGCGAGCUCAUCUUUAGCGAGAAUCCGUCUGGUCCUCGGACGGGUGGGAUCGGUUUCGCAUCUCGCCUAAGAUACAUGGCAUUUGCGAAGCCUCGUGUGCUGGUAUUGGAACCUGCUCCGACCGCAUCUGCUGUGCAAAGUGCAGUCGCCGCAGCUGUGGCCAGCUCAACGAAGGCCGUCAACAAUUUCCAACUUCAACUGGAGACACAGGAGGUGCUGCGACGGUCCAAAUUCGAUUUCGACCUAGCCGUCAGCACAAUGGACGCGACACGCAUGGCGCUGACUGUGCAGCCAGCGUAUGGGAUUCUCCUCUGCAGUUCCGAAGUUGGCCCUACUAUCUUCUCAGAGAUUGCCUCUCGACUGAGGGAAAGGAAUUCCAAGGCCCUCGCUUUCAUUUGUCACGAUGUGAAGAGCCUUGGGCCCUUGGACGAGUCAAUGCAGAUGCUUCUGAAGUCUGACUCCAACCCCUUGGCCUCGGGUGUUCUAUACCGACCAAUCACGAAGUCAUCUUUCGAGCACGUUCUGGUUGGGAAUCCCGACGCUGGCAUUCAAUAUCCAACUUGUGGCAUGGUCAAGGAGGAUCUGCUGGAACUCAUCCGCAAGAAGCUGGGUGGCCUUUGA